GAACCACCCUGGAAUCUCUCCAAACACCUUUCAGGGCAGCUUUUCAGGUUGCUGUGACUGUCUGCCGCACCUGACUUCCUUCGUUGUUCACUCAGCCGUCAAGAAUCCUGACGGCUAAUUAAGUUUUUCACAUUCCAUUCUCAAAACCGGAGACGACUUCAUUGGGACGUUGUCGUCCGAGGCGUUCCCAAAGAGGCCCAGUGUUCCCAACUUAGCCCUGAAUCAUCCCAAAUGAUGGUCAGGUGUUGUUGGCGAGGAAUCCAAACAUCUAUCUCUGCGCAGGCAGAAACCCAAUAGGCUUUGCUCAUGAAUCCCUUCUUUUUCUUCAGAGGUGUAAUUCUUGGGCAACUCACUUAUGCGUCUGCGGUGAGAAAUGCCGCAAUCCUGAGCGCAGGGUCUUCUGUGGGUUUUGUGAUGCAACGCCUGGCCUUCUCCCACGGAGAAGAUUGCAAGGCUGAAAAGCGCAAUGCUAAACAGGUUGCAAUGCUAAAAAUGCUCGUGACGAAUGUGUCCCCACCCACCGACCGCAAGGAUGGGCACCUGCUGCCAGUAACACCAGAAGGAGAGAAGAAGAGGAGAUGCGCCAGGUAGGUGUCACAGAAGAAGUGCGCACCAAUCUGGUCUCUUCUCUCUUGCACCUUGUUGGAGUCGCAAGAAAACUUUGCUCCUGGAGAGGUUCUAGCAGCGUCACUUUGCGCACAGGGAGACACAUGGGAAGGAGCAUGAAUCACCUUCUGAUGCUCAUUUUUGGCCUGGCGUUGCUGCUGCACCCAGCCAGCCCUUUGCGGAUCUGUGCCUUCAACAUCCAGAGCUUUGGGGACACCAAACUGUCUGACGCGGGCAUCUCCAAAAUCAUUGUGAAGAUCCUCUCCCGCUAUGACAUUGCGCUGGUGCAAGAGGUGCGCGACUCCGACCUCAGCGCCGUCACGGAUCUGAUGGAGCGGCUCAACAGGGCCUCCAAGAACGAAUACGCAUACGAGAUCAGUGAGUCUCUGGGCCGGGAAAACUACAAGGAGAUGUACCUCUUCCUCUACAGGACGGGGAGCGUCUCUCUUUUGGACAAGUACCAGUAUCCAAACAAAGACAAUGCCUUCAGCAGAGCCCCCUUCAUUGUCAAGUUCUCCGCUCCUGAAUCAAAGGAAAGCGAACUCAUCCUGGUGCCCCUCCACACUCCUCCGAACGAAGCGGUGGCCGAGAUUGACGCCCUUUAUGACGUCUACCUGAAGAUCAUUGACAAGUGGGGGACGGAUAACAUGAUGUUCUUGGGGGACUUCAACGCCGACUGCAGCUACGUGGGCAAGAAGGACUGGGCCUCCAUCCGCCUGCGGACCAGCGAGGUUUUCAAGUGGCUGAUCCCAGACUCGGAGGACACCACCGUUGGAGACUCCGACUGCGCCUACGACAGGAUCGUUGUGAGCGGCUCCCAGUUGAAGAAGUGGGUCAAAGCCAACUCUGCCAAAGUGUAUGACUUCCAGAAGGAUUUGAAACUGAGCCAAGAGGAGGCUCUGGCCGUGAGUGACCAUUUCCCGGUGGAAGUGACCCUGAAGUCCUAGUGAUGCUGGUGGCGCAUGCAUCCAUCUCCUCCUGGCUGGCACUAUCCCUGCCCUGUCGCUGCUGCAUUGCCGUCACAUUGUCCAAAAUCAUGUAUUUGCAUGCAAUUUUGAUAAUGAAGUUGCAAUAAUGCAGAGCCUGAGCAUGCCCUUGAGAUCCCAUUACUUUGAGGGGCUGCUGGAAAUCAAACGCGAGACCCUCGGCCUGCAGUGCUGCCACUCUACUCCUGGCCGUAUCUCUGCCUGCGUGGCUCUUGACGCUUUCAUCCUCUUGCUGGCCAUCCCUGACCAUGCACACCCCAAACCCCACCACUCUGAUGCCCAGCCACAUGGGCUAUGUUGGACGACUGCAACCGGUCAUUGGGAUGCUCUGGUGCCAACCUGAUUCUAAAUGCCAGACUACAACUCCCACUAUCUCCUGAAGCAAGCAAGCUGGCUAGUGACACUGGGAGUUGCAGUUAAAAUGCCUCUGGAGGGCAUGGCAGCAAAGAGCUGGGUGCAAAUUCUCACCCAGAAACAAAGCCUCCUGGGAGACAGACAUUCUCUCAGCCUGACCUACCUCACAGGGCUAUUGCAAAAGCAAGGUAAUGUGCGUGACUUGAUGUACAGUCCUUGGAAGUACGGGGACAAUAAAAGCAAAAUAAGAAACCUAAA